AUGGAAACAGCUAAAAAGCUUAAGUUGAAAUCAUCGAGAUUCUUCGAAAAAGAAAUGAGCUCUAAGGCUUAGGAGUUGAUAGAAGAAAUAAAAUUGAAGGACAGAAGUCACUUGAGAUUGAGGGAAUGGUAUAAAAGAAAUCAUUAUGAAAAGAGUCUUAAAGAAUUGAGAAAAUAAUAUGAAAAAUAUUUCACAAUAGCUAAAGUGGAUGGUCGCACAUUCACCUCUGAACAAUUUGUGAACCAAUUCGAAAUUCCAGACAUUCCUUGUAUAAUAACCAAUACAACAGAUGAUUGGAAUGUUGAAAAGUAUUGGACUUUUGAGAAACUAUAUCAACUCUACAAGGAGACCUCCUUCAAAAUUGGAGAGGAUGAUAAAGGGAGGAAAUUGAGAUUGCCAUUCAAAUAUUUUCUUGAAUACUUGGUGUACAACAAAGAUGAUUCCCCCCUUUACUUAUUCGAAAGUUCAGUCGAGGAUAUGAAAGACGGAGGAGCAGAUAUGGUGGGAAGAUACAAAUACCAUAAAUACUUCCAAGAAGAUUUCUUUUCAGUGGUAGGAGAGAAACAUCGUCCUCCCUAUAGAUGGUUUUUGGUUGGACCAAAACGAUCAGGUACUACUGUACACAUAGAUCCACUAAUGACAAGUGCCUGGAAUACAUCGUUAUAGGGACAUAAGUUGUGGGUCCUCUUUCCUCCCGAUAUACCAAAAUCAAUUGUAAAGGCCAAAGGACUGGCUGCCAAGAAGGAAAUCGAUCCUGAAGUGUUGGAUGAAUCCAUUGAUUACUUCCUUUAUGCUUUGCCAAAACUAAUUGAAAAAGAAGGAGCCGAUAAUCUAAAGAUUGUAAUGUGUGUAUAAGGUCCUGGAGAUACUAUAUUUGUCCCUGGCGGUUGGUGGCAUGCAGUCUUAAAUUUAGACAAUUCAGUGGCUCUCACUCAGAAUUUCAUGUCAAUCAAUAACUUUGAUAAGAUCUGGAGAUCUGUAAGAGACGAAAGGCCAAAGUUUAGUCAAAGGUUGUUGGAUGCAUUUAAGGAGAAGAGGUCCGAUUUGUAUGAAAGAGCACUUAAAUUAGAUGAUAUUGACAAGAACGAAUUCGGAGUGCUAAAGGAUGCCAAUCCAUUGAGUUCCGAUGAUUCAUCUGGUAGUUCAUCAUCUAGUAGUUCAAGUAGCUCGUCUAGUAGUUCCAGUUCCGAUGAUGAUGAUUGA